AUAGUGUUGGGCUGCAGUUGCAAAAUCACGAUUCACAAACUGUUUUCCAUCAACAUUUCAUUCCCUGUUAAGCCUUUAUUGUACAAAAAAAUCAUGCGAAACGCAAAAAUGGAGGGUGAAACCCUUUGAAAAAAUCAGAAUUCUUAAAUUUUAUGUUAGUCGUUGCUUUUCGUCUCGCGAUUUGAAGGUUCCUCGACCCACAAACAGGUUACGGGAUUUCGUACGGUGUCGAGCCUAUCCUCCUGUUUUUAUAGUGUUAAAAUCGGGCGAAAAAACACUCUUUCUUGAAGUACCUUGAAGCUUUAUUAUUAAUUCGUCUACCACAAUACCUGGAAGAAUGACAACGUUGUGCCUCUAACAUCGAAACGUGUCAUGAUCGAGGUUAACUUUCGAAAAUCGUGCUCCAAAUGACCGAACAGGAUUUUUCUAUCGGAGAUAAUCCCGUUUUGUGUGUCAGCUGAUGAGUCUGAUAACGUUUUUUCGAGUAUAGUUACGAUUUCGUGGAUUUUUCGUUCCAAUUGAGUGGGUAAAUAUUGUCAUGGCAGACAAUUUACUGGGGGAGCUUAGUAGCGAUCAGACUGAGAAGGUCCUUCAAUUUCAGGAUUUGACUGGCAUCGAGGACCUUUCUGUUUGCCGAGAUGUCUUGCAACGUCACAAUUGGAACUUGGAAGUGGCUGUUCAGGAACAGCUUAAUUUGUAUGAAGGUCGACCCUCGAUGUACGCGCAAGAUUCACGUUCGCGACCGCCAGCUGUCGUUGAUGACACUGCUUCAAGAAUAUACUUCAGUCCUCCAGGAAGUGCUGCUGGCGGCGGAGGAUUUCUCUCCUACGUUUUUUCCAUGUGCUACAACCUAGUGACUAGCAUUUUGCAAUUAGUGUUUGCCAUAUUCAGGAAAAAUGUCAGACCUGUAUCGUCAGAUCCUGUAGAAGAUGUAAUGAAAUUUAUCAGAUUCUACGAGGAGCAUUAUGGCAGAAUUCACCCAGUUUUCUACCAGGGCUCCUACAGCCAGGCUCUUUCUGAUGCCAAGCAGGAGCUGAGAUUUUUGAUGGUUUAUUUGCACAAGGACGACACCCAAGAAGUCGAGCAGUGGUGCAGAAAUACCUUAGGAAAUGAAGACGUUGUUCGGUGUAUAAACAUGCAUACAUUAUUCUGGGCAUGUAAUGUCCAGUCAGGUGAAGGUUACAAAGUUGCAGAAGCGCUGAAGUCUGGUACUUACCCCUUCCUUGCUCUUAUUGUUCUCAAAGACAAUCGAAUGACUAUCGUUGGCCGAAUGGAAGGGACACCUUCCCCGGAAGAAUUAAUCGAACGUCUACAAACUCUAGUUGAUAAUAACGAGAUGAAUUUAAUUCAAGCUCGAACAGAACGAGCGGAGAGGAGCGCAGCUCAGUCACUUAGGCUGCAACAGGACCAAGCCUACGAGGAGUCGUUGCGAGCCGAUCAAGAAAAAGAUCGAAAACGAGAGGAGGAACGGAGAGCCCGAGAGGCAGAAGAAGCCAGAGAAAGAGAGAAACUGGACGCUCAAGAAAUGGAGGUUCAGCGUAUUCGCAUUGAAAAGGAACUCACGAUUAGAAAAAUACCCUUAGAGCCUGAACCUUCGAAUCCCAAUGCUUGUCAUCUUCAAAUUAAACUCCGCGAAAGGACCGUGCAAAGGCGAUUUCUCCCCACCGACACGAUUCAAGACGUAUACCACUGGAUAUUCAGUCAACCAGACUCGCCGACGAGCUUCGAAAUAACGACGAGUUUCCCUCGAAGGAUUAUUUACCCCAGUGAAGAUAUUAUAACUCUUUUUCAAGCUGGACUCACCCACAGAGAAGUGCUACACGUUAACGAUUUAGACGACUAGACCAUAUUUGAUACGAUGAUACACGAGAAAUGA